AGAGAACCUCAGAGAACCUCAGAGAACCUAUAGAGAACCUCAGAGAACUCAGGAUUUAAUCACUUUAAUGAAAUGGAGCAGCAGGUUCUUCUGCAUGAAGGAAGCUGAAUUUACAGAAAAACUCUGAGUUUGUGCUUCUUUUCUUUCUGCUCUUCAGACUAAAUGGUUUUUCUGGUUCAUUCUGUGAUCUUCAGUACCUCGGCUACCAUCAGCUACAGAAACUAAAACUGAUUUCUGUCCAGCAGAAGGUAAAGUUUGGUCCUUUGAUCUGCUCGUUAAAGAUGGAGAGUCUGUCUUCUGCUGCUGGACCAGAUUCACAGUAGAUCAACCUCCAAUCACCAUUGAUUAAAUCUGCAUCCAUUAAAGAGCUCUGCCCCCCUCCACUAAUCCUGAUUACACUGGCAGACAGAGGUCUCCACCGCCACAGACCACCAGAGAGCCGGAACGCAACACUCAGGACUGGACCAGGAGGACCAGGAGGGGCAGAAGAACAGAAAGAGCCACCAAGAGGAGGACGAAGGUGGAGAACAGCUGAAGUCAGCAUCAUGGACAGCAGAGGAAGGAGAGGGACGAAUGGAUCCUUCAAACGCUCAUCUAUCAAACGCAGCACGUCCUCUGGAUCACAGAAGACUCAGAAAGCGUGGAUCGAGAGAACCUUCCAGAAGAGAGAAUGCAUCCAGAUCAUUCUGAGCAAAGAUGCCAGCAGGUGCAGCUGUGGUCAGCUGGUGGCUCAACACACCUCCAUCCCUCCCAAAGACGAAGGAGCUCCGCUGGUCCAGCUGGAGCCUGCAGAGAGGUGGAGCGCCCUGAAACACACCCAGACCUCCCCGACCGAUGCCUAUGGCAUCCUGGAGUUCCAGGGAGGAGGACUCAUCAACAAGGCCAUGUACAUCAGGGUCUCCUAUGACUCCAAACCGGACUCCCUGCUCCACCUCAUGGUGAAGGACUGGCAGCUGGAGCUCCCCACGCUGCUCAUCUCCAUCCACGGAGGCCUUCAGAACUUCGACCUGCCACCAAAACUGAAGCAGGUCUUCGGUAAAGGACUGAUCAAAGCUGCUGUCACCACUGGGGCCUGGAUCUUCACCGGAGGAGUCAGUACAGGGGUGAUCCGUCAUGUUGGAGACGCCCUGAAGGACCACUCAUCUAAGUCCAGAGGUAAAGUCUGCGCUAUCGGCAUCGCACCGUGGGGCAUCGUGGAGAACAAAGAAGAUCUGGUCGGCAGAGAUGUGACCCGGUCCUACCAGACCAUGUCCAACCCGCUCAGCAAGCUGUCAGUCCUGAACGGGAGCCACUCCCACUUCAUCCUGUCCGACAACGGGACCAGCGGGAAGUACGGCGCCGAGGUCCGCCUCCGCCGGCAGCUGGAGAAACACAUCGCUCUGCAGAAGAUCAACACACGUUUGGGCCAGGGCGUCCCGGUGGUCUGUCUGAUCGUGGAGGGAGGUCCCAACGUCAUCACCAUCGUCCUGGAGAGUCUGAGGGAGGAGCCUCCGGUCCCGGUGGUGGUCUGUGAUGGCAGCGGCCGAGCUUCAGACAUCCUCUCAUUCGCUCACAGAUACUGUGAGGAGGACGGGGUGGUGAGCGACAGCGUCAAAGACCAGCUGCUGGUCACCAUCCAGAAGACCUUCAACUACAGCCGAGGCCAGGCCCAGCAGCUGUUCCUCAUGGUGAUGGAGUGCAUGAAGAAGAGAGCUCUGAUCACAGUGUUCAGGAUGGGCUCAGAGGGACAGCAGGACAUUGAGAUGUCCAUCCUCACAGCUCUGCUCAAAGGUACAAAUGCGUCGGCGUCUGAUCAGCUGAGUUUGGCUCUGGCCUGGAACAGAGUGGACAUUGCUCGCAGUCAGAUCUUUGUGUACGGACACCACUGGCCUCCUGUCAGUAUUUCACCGGCUGAUCGCCCUAAAAGCCCGGCGGCCCAGAGGCCAGCAGCAGGAGGGGCAGCAGGGAAAGGAAAAGCCCGGGGCAAGAAGGGCAAAGGGAGCAAAGCCAAACCAGAACCACCUGAAGAGACCGACCCACGAAAACUGGAGCUGCUUAGCUGGGUGAACUCUCUGGAACAGGCCAUGAUGGAUGCUCUGGUGUUGGACCGGGUUGACUUUGUGAAGCUGCUGAUUGAGAACGGAGUGAACAUCCAUCACUUCCUCACCAUUCCCCGGCUGGAGGAGCUCUACAACACGAAGCUUGGACCGGCCAACACGCUGCACUUCGUGGUCCGAGAUGUCAAGAAGGGGAACCUUCCUCCAGAUUACCAGAUCACACUGAUCGACAUCGGGCUGGUGCUGGAGCUCCUGAUGGGCGGAGCUUACCGCUGCAACUACACCAGGAAGACCUUCAGGACGCUUUACAACAACCUGUACGGCCUCAAAAGACCCAAAGCCCUGAAGCUCCUUGGCAUGGAGGACGAUGAGCCCCGACCCAAAGGAAAGGGAAAGAAGAACAAGAAGAAGGAGGAGGAGGUGGACAUCGACGUGGACGACCCCGAGGUCAGCCGGUUCCAGUACCCCUUCCACGAGCUCAUGGUGUGGGCGGUGCUGAUGAAACGCCAGAAGAUGGCACUGUUCCUGUGGCAGCGUGGUGAGGAGGCCAUGGCCAAAGCUCUGGUGGCCUGUAAGCUCUACAAGGCCAUGGCCCACGAGUCGUCCCAGAGCGAGCUGGUAGACGACAUCUACCAGGACCUGGAGAACAACUCCAAGGAGUUCGGUCAGUUGGCCUACGAGCUGCUGGACCAGUCGUACAAACACGACGAGCAGGUGGCGAUGAAGCUGCUGACCUACGAGCUGAAGAACUGGAGUAACUCCACCUGCCUGAAGCUGGCCGUCGCCGCCAAACACCGAGACUUCAUCGCCCACACCUGCAGCCAGAUGCUGCUGACCGACAUGUGGAUGGGCUGUCUGAGGAUGGGCAAGAGCAACAGUCUGAAGGUGAUCUUAGGGAUCGUCUUCCCUCCUGCCAUCCUGCUCCUGGACUUCCGUCUCGGAGAUGAAGCUUCACAUCAUUCAUCCAAAGACAGUGAAGACGUUAAAGCUAAAGACGAUGACAAAUCCAACAAGGAUGCCGUCUCCAACGUGGACUCUAUGUCACGGAAAGGAGAUGAAGAGGAGAACCAGAAGACUCACCGCAAGAGGAUUCCCAUUGGGAGGAAGAUCUACGAGUUCUACAAUGCUCCGUUCACCAAGUUCUGGUUCAACACGAUCUCCUACCUGGUGUACUUGAUGCUGUAUAACUACAUCAUCCUGGUGAAGAUGGAGCGCUGGCCGUCCCUGCAGGAGUGGAUUGUCAUCUCCUACAUCAUCACCCUGGGCCUGGAGAAAGUCCGACAGAUCCUGAUGUCAGAACCUGGGAAGCUGAAGCAGAAGAUCAACGUGUGGUUGGAGGACUACUGGAACAUCACCGACCUGGUGGCCAUUUGGGUGUUCCUGCUGGGCCUCCUGCUGCGGCUGCAGAAUCACCCCUACAUGGGCUAUGGACGCGUCAUCUACUGCGUGGACAUCAUCUUCUGGUACAUCCGAGUCCUCGACAUCUUCGGAGUCAACAAGUACCUGGGUCCCUACGUCAUGAUGAUCGGCAAGAUGAUGAUCGACAUGCUGUACUUCGUGGUCAUCAUGUUGGUGGUUCUGAUGAGCUUCGGCGUCGCUCGCCAGGCAAUUCUUCACCCAGACGAGGAACCGACCUGGCGUCUGGCCCGGAACAUCUUCUACAUGCCGUACUGGAUGAUCUACGGAGAGGUGUUCGCCGACUCCAUAGACCUUUAUGCGAUGGAGAUCAACCCUCCGUGUGGAGACAACAUGUAUGAUGAAGAUGGGAAGAAGCUUCCUCCCUGCAUCCCUGGAGCCUGGCUGACCCCUGCCAUCAUGGCCUGCUACCUGCUGGUGGCCAACAUCCUGCUGGUCAACCUGCUGAUCGCCGUCUUCAACAACACCUUCUUCGAAGUGAAGUCCAUCUCGAACCAGGUGUGGAAGUUCCAGCGUUAUCAGCUGAUCAUGACCUUCCACGACCGACCCAUCCUGCCUCCCCCCCUUAUCGUCUUCCCCCACAUCUACAUCGUCCUGAAGAGGCUCUGCUGCCGCUGCCAACGGAGGCCGGAGGGCGAGCAUGACGACCGGGAGAGACGCCUCCAGCUGGUGCUGAACGCCGAAGAGCUCAAGAGUCUCCAUGAGUUUGAGGAGCAGUGUGUGGAGGAAUACUUCAGAGAGAAGGACGACGAGAAGCAGUCGUCCAACAACGAGCGGAUCAGAGUCACGUCUGAGAGGGUGGAGAACAUGUUCAUGCGUCUGGAGGAGGUGAAUGAGAGGGAGCACUCCAUGAAGGCCUCCCUGCAGACCGUGGACCUCCGCCUGUCUCAGCUGGAGGAGUUCUCUGGCCGGAUGAUAAAUGCCGUGGAGAAGCUGGCUGGCGUGGACCGGGCUGAGCUGGUCCGGUCCCACUCCAGAGCAUCCUCCAUGUGUGACCCCACCUCCCUGCUGCGUCACGGCAGUGUCAACAGUGCCGACGGCUACAGCCUGUACCGGUACCAGCUGGACCAUGAAGACCGGACCUCCAUGACCGGAGACCUGGACGGACCUGACAAGAAGGUCCAGCUGAGCCCAGAGAGACGAGGAGGUGAAGGAGGUGGUGCAGCAGGAGAUGUGAAGGAGUUUGGUUCGACUCUGGAGGUUCAAGGACUGAAGGAAGGAGCUCAGUCCAUGUCUAGUGUUGACAUCCUGAUCUCCCCGUGUGAUCCCGACCUCCAACCAAACACCAGAACCUCCUCAGCUCAGGACGACCCAACCAAGGCUGAGGUGGAAGAACCGUCAGAUAAGAGCCGACUGGAGGCAGCAGUGUCCUUCCCCCUGGACAGGUCCAAGAUCUCCCAUUACUCUCCGACCCUCAGCAGCUCCCCGUCCUCCCACAGGAGGUCCAUCAGUGGUAUCAUCUACAGCCCCACCCAGGAGGACCAGCAGGGGGCCACUGGUCCACCCAGAGAGACACCGGAGAAGGACGGAGGACAGGAGUCAGAGCUGCCCAGCAAACAACCAGAGGGUGAAGCCAAUGGACCGGAUGAGGACCUGAUGGUGGGGGAGGACAGCAAGUACCUGACACUUCGCUCCAAGAGUCUCAACAUCAACCCCAGGAAGACGAGGACAAAGAAGGAGGAUGAGGAGAAACCUCGCUCAGCCAGCAGCGUCAAAGACCUGCUGUCAGCCUUCAGUGGGGGGACCACCGGGCCACGGUCCAGGUCCAGAGACUCUGACUGCUGAAGGACUGAGCAGGGAUCAAUAGAUCAGCUGAUACUCCAACAUUCCAGCAAUAAAGACGACAAAAUUCCGAGACAUCAGAGGACUCUAGACAACAUUCAAUGACAGACGAGGUGACCUCAGGAACAUGUAGACCAUUUCAGGACAGAACCAGCCUUGGUUCAUGUUCUGACUGAAAGAACCGUCCCUACAGAACCUCUUCCAGGAACCGUCCCUACAGAACCUCUUCCAGGACCCGCCCCUACAGAACCUCUUUGAGGAACUGUCCCUACAGAACCUCUUUGAGGAACCGUCCCUACAGAACCUCCUUGAGGAAUAGUCCCUACAGAACCUCUUUCAGGAACCGUCCCUACAGAACCUCUUCCAGGAACCAUCCUACAGAACCUCAUUGAGGAACUGUCCCUACAGAACCUCUUUCAGGAACCAUCCCUACAGAACCUCUUCCAGGGUCGUUAUUAGGGGAGAAAAAGUUCCUACUUCAGGUUCAGGACUUUUGAGGGACUCUGAAACACUUCUGUGAGGGUCUGAGUACUGAUUGGUUAAAUUCAGGGGACAACAUGUUCUCAUGCAGCAGCUUCUUCUCCUCUCUAACAUCACCAUCAACAACAUAAAGUCCUCCAGAUGUUUCCUACAUAGAACUGGACCUCCAUCCAGUAACUGUUGGUUCUGGUCUGAGUUAACGUGAAGCUAUUGGAUCUUCAGAGGGAACAGAAAGGAAUGAUCAGAGGGUUGAUCCUGGGAACAUUUCAACACCUUGAGUGUCUGCAGUGGAAUGUCGUAUAGUUUGGUGAUCAGGUCCACAGCCCAGGAAAACCAGUCACCAGAAAGUAGUUUAAAACAAACGGUCCAGCUCUGAGACUCUCUGAGGAACUGAAUCCAAACAGACUUCAUCAUGGAGAGAACCAGCAGAAGGAAGCAGCCAUCUGAGGUUGAGGUGGAACCAUCCCAAUGUGGACUGAACAUCUGAAGGCUGAUUAGAAAUCUGUCUGAUGGGAUGAUGUGAAGAACAGGACUGAACAUGACUGGACGAGUUUCACUCAGAUGGAAUGAAACUUCUACACAUCUCCUGAACCUGUGAACCCUGUAGAACCCUGUAGACCCCUGUAGAAGUCUGUAGAACCCUGUAGACCCCUGUAGAACCCUGUAGACCCCUGUAGACCCCUGUAGAACCCUGUAGGACCCUGUAGGACCCUGUAGAACCCUGUAGAACCCUAUACAUCUGCCCUGGUCUGACCUCCUUACAUAGAAACAUCUGUUGAUGAACUUGGAAAUAAAAUCAAGUUUUUCCUG